AUGUCGACCAUUCCCAAUGCUAGUCUAAGUCAUAUCUAUCUAUCUAUCUAUCUAUCUAUCUAUCUAUCUAUCUACCAGUCUCUCGGUCUCUUCAUAUCUAUCUUAUUUUCAUCUCGAUCUCAUCUCUUCAUAUCUAUCUAUCUAUCUAUCUAUCUAUCUGCUUGCUUUAAUCUCUUUAUAUCUAUCUAUCUAUUUAUCUAUCUUAAUCUCUUUAUAUCUAUAUAUCUUAAUCUCUUCAUAUUUAUCCUAAUAUCUAUCGCUCUCUCUCUCUCUCUCUCUCUAUCUAUCUAUCUAUCUAUUUAUCGUAAUCUCUUUAUUUCUAUUUAUUUGACUGACGAGUUCGUCGCCGCCGUCGAGGAGACAGUCGACAAUGAUGGAAGCCAGAGCUACGCCAAGAUCGCCGCUGACAUGGGCUGUCACAAGUCGACGAUCUGCCGAACGAUCAAGAAGGACAUUGGUUACUCCUCCUACCGCAAGUCUCACCGCAUGGUCAUCACGAAUGCCUCCAAGGGGUCGAGGAAGGUCAAGGCGGCGGCUUUGCUGAACGAGCUCAAGCACGGGUCCACCGGGAUGCUGAGGUUCUUCUCUGAUGAAAAGAAUUACAUCCAGGACCAGACAAGCAACAGCUAG